GCGGGCGGGCGGGCCGGCAGGGGAUGCCGCUCGGGGCGCCGCGGUCCUCGUGCCAGUGAGCGCCUCGCGCCGCCGCAGCCAUGACGGUGGAGUUCGAGGAGUGCAUCAAGGACUCGCCGCGCUUCAGGGCAACUAUCGACGAGGUGGAAACGGACGUGGUUGAGAUCGAGGCCAAGCUGGACAAGCUGGUGAAGCUGUGCAGCGGCGUGAUCGAGGCUGGCAAGGCCUACGUCACCACCAACAGGCUCUUCGUGAGUGGCGUCCGCGACCUGUCCCAGCAGUGCCAGGGCGACACCGUCAUCUCGGAAUGUCUGCAGAGGUUCGGAGACAGUCUGCAGGAGAUGGUCACCUACCACAUGAUCCUGUUUGACCAGGCCCAGAGGUCUGUGCGGCAACAGCUCCACAACUUCGUCAAAGAAGAUGUGCGCAAGUUUAAGGAGACGAAGAAGCAGUUCGACAAAGUUCGGGAGGACAUGGAGCUGUCCCUGGUGAGGAAUGCCCAGGCCCCGAGGCACCGGCCCCACGAGGUGGAGGAGGCCACGGGUGCCCUGAUCCUUGCCCGAAAGUGCUUCCGCCACCUAGCUCUGGACUACGUGCUCCAGAUCAACGUUCUCCAGGCCAAGAAGAAGUUUGAGAUUUUGGAUUCUAUGCUGUCCUUCAUGCACGCCCAGUACAGCUUCUUCCAGCAGGGCUACAGCCUGCUGCACCAGCUGGACCCCUACAUGAAGAAGCUGGCGGCCGAGCUGGACCAGCUGGUGAUCGACUCGGCAGUGGAAAAGCGGGAGAUGGAGCGCAAGCACGCCGCCGUCCAGCAGCGGACACUGCUGCAGGUGAGUGGGCGCCCACCCUGGGGGGAGGGGGGCCCCGGUGGGCAGGGCUUCUGCCCUUCCCGCCCCGCGGCGUUUCAGCACCAAGGACACCUCCACGGCCCCGGAGCGCGGCCCGCUCCAGCGGAGGUGGCUGAGCUGGGACCGCGUCCCCUGCGUCCCCUGCGGGAGCAGCUGCAGCUGUCCCUCCCCGCCCCCACUCAGCCAGGGGAGCAGGUGGCUGGGCCCCCUCUCCCACCGCCGGACACCCAGGACAACGCUCAGUGUCUCCCCAGCCCGCGUGAAUGGAGCUCUGUCAGGCGGGUCGGACAGCCCAGCUGGCGACAUGAAUGGGCAGCUUCCUUCCUGACCCCAGAGCCUGCUGCUCUGCCAGGCUGGGAGGUGGGGGCUGGAGCUCUCCGGGCCCCCAGCUGUGGCGGGAGGCAUCUGCCCCCACGGGGUUUCGGGUCAGGAAGCGGCUGUGAAGACCCCCCCUCCACCUUGCCUCCGGGGCAGCCCGAGAGGGCGGCGGGGUCCCCGCAGCCGCGGGUGGGUGCUCACUGGGGGCCGGGCUCCGACCACCCCCAGGACUUCUCCUACGAUGAGCCCAAGGUGGCGUUUGACGUGGAUGCUCCCAGUGGUGUGGUGAUGGAGGGCUACCUCUUCAAGCGGGCCAGCAACGCCUUCAAGACGUGGAACCGGCGCUGGUUCUCCAUCCAGAACAGCCAGCUGGUCUACCAGAAGAAGCUCAAGGAUGUGCUGACCGUGGUGGUGGAUGACCUCCGGCUCUGCUCCGUGAAGCCCUGUGAGGACAUUGAGCGGAGGUUCUGCUUUGAGGUCGUGUCGCCCAGCAAGAGCUGCAUGCUGCAGGCCGACUCGGAGAGGCUCCGGCAGGCGUGGGUUCAGGCUGUGCAAGCCAGCAUCGCGUCCGCCUAUCGGGAGGGCCCCGGCAGCCGCUACGGCGAGAGGCUGGACCGCACGGCGUCCCCGUCCACAAGCAGUAUCGACUCUGCCACGGACUCUCGGGAGCGCAGCGUCAAGGGCGAGAGCGUGCUGCAGCGCAUGCAGCACGUGGCUGGGAACCGCCAGUGCGGCGACUGCGGGCGGCCGGACCCGCGCUGGGCCAGCAUCAACCUGGGCGUGCUGCUGUGCAUCGAGUGCUCGGGCAUCCACAGGAGCCUGGGCGUCCACUGUUCCAAGGUGCGGUCCCUGACCCUGGACUCGUGGGAGCCGGAGCUGCUGAAGCUGAUGUGUGAGCUGGGAAACAGCACCAUGAACCGGAUCUACGAGGCCCAGUGCGAGGGGCCGGGCGGCAGGAAGCCCACAGCCAGCAGCCCCAGGCAGGACAAGGAGGCUUGGAUCAAGGACAAAUACGUGGAAAAGAAGUUUGUGCGGAGGCCGCCCUCGGCACCGGCCCGGGAGGCCCCGCGGCGCUGGCGGGCGCAGAAGUGCCAGCGCCACCACAGCUCCCCCCGUGCCCGCACCACCCGCCGCAGCAAAAUCCGGAUGGAGCCCGUCCCGCCCUCCGUGGCUGCUCUGUGCUCAGGCCCCAUAGAGCCCAGGUUCCGCAGGGACUCCCUGUUCUGCCCGGAUGAGCUGGACUCCCUCUUCUCCUACUUCGACGCGGGGGCUGCUGCAGCCGGUCCACGCAGUCUGAGCAGCGACAGCGGCUUAGGGGGCAGCUCCGACGGCAGCUCGGACGUCCUGGCCUUCGGCAUGGGCUCCGUGGUGGACCGCGUCACUGAGGAGGAGGGUGCCGAGUCGGAGGAGUCCAGCGGCGAGGCGGAUGGAGAGGCGGAGGCCUGGGGCCUAGCGGACGUGCGCGAGCUGCACCCCGGGCUACUGGCGCACCGCGCGGCGCUCACUCGAGACCUCCCCGCACUGGCCUCCGCCCUGGCACAAGGGGCUGAGGUCAACUGGGCUGACGCAGAGGACGAGGGCAAGACGCCGCUGGUGCAGGCCGUGCUGGGGGGUUCGUUGAUCAUCUGUGAAUUCCUCCUGCAAAAUGGAGCGGACGUGAACCAAAGAGACAGCCGGGGCCGGGCGCCCCUGCACCAUGCCACGCUCCUGGGCCGCACCGGCCAGGUCUGCCUGUUCUUGAAGCGGGGGGCGGACCAGCAUGCCUUGGACCACACGCAGCAGGACCCACUGAGCAUCGCGGUGCAGGAGGCAAAUGCAGACAUCGUCACGCUUCUCCGUCUGGCGCGCAUGGCCGAGGAGAUGCGUGAGGCCGAGGCGCCCCCCGGCCAGCCGGGCCCCCUGGCUGGCAGCAGCCCCACCGAGCUCCAGUACCGCAGGUGCAUCCAGGAGUUCAUCAGCCUCCACCUGGAUGAGAGCUAGGGCGGCCGGGCCUUGGCGGGACCCCCACCUGCCCAUUUGCUGAGAGCCCUGGAGCUCCUGGAGCCCUGCUGCCUGCUCCG